AUGACAGACAAGGUGAGUUUUAGCACACCCAAAGUCAACCCCCGACCCACUGUAGCUCCUUUCCUCCCCCCUGAGCCAGUGGACAUCAUCCGCACUAAGGCCCGUUCACGGCGGGUCAGACUCAACGUCGGUGGGCUUACACAUGAAGUGUUAUGGAGAACACUUGACCGGUUGCCCCGAACUCGUCUGGGACGGCUAAGGGACUGCAACACCCACGAGUCACUGCUGGAGAUCUGUGAUGACUACACCCUCACUGAGAACGAAUACUUCUUCGACCGGCACCCGGUGGCCUUCUCCUCCAUCCUCAACUUCUACAGAACAGGAAAGCUUCACAUGAUGGAGGAGAUGUGCGCUCUGUCUUUUGGACAGGAGCUGGACUAUUGGGGCAUUGAUGAGAUCUACUUGGAGUCCUGCUGCCAGGCACGCUACCACCAGAAGAAGGAGCAGAUGAACGAGGAACUGAGGAGGGAGGCAGAGACACUGAGGGACAAGGAGGGAGAGGAGGAGGACCAGGGCUGCUGUCCUGACAAGAGGCAGAAGCUGUGGGAUCUGCUGGAGAAGCCCAGCUCCUCUGUAGCUGCAAAGAUCCUGGCCAUGAUCUCCAUCCUGUUCAUCAUCAUUUCCACCAUUUCACUGUCCCUCAACACUCUGCCAGAGCUGCAGGUUGUAGAUGAAUUUGGCCAGUUCAAUGACAACCCCAGUUUAGCCCACGUCGAAGCCGUCUGUAUCGCCUGGUUCACCAUGGAAUAUAUGUUACGGCUGCUCUCAGCACCCAAUAAGUGGGUCUUCAUGAAAGCACCACUGAACAUUAUUGAUUUGCUGGCUAUACUGCCUUACUAUGUGACCCUCUGUCUAACUGAAUCUAACAAGAGCGUGCUGCAGUUCCAGAAUGUGCGGCGUGUGGUUCAAAUCUUCCGUAUUAUGAGGAUCUUGAGGAUUCUGAAACUGGCCAGGCACUCGACGGGUCUCCAGUCUUUGGGCUUCACUUUACGAAGGAGCUACAACGAGUUGGGACUGCUGAUCCUGUUUUUAGCCAUGGGCAUCAUGAUUUUCUCUAGCUUGGUAUUCUUUGCUGAAAAGGAUGAAGAUGCUACAAAAUUCACCAGCAUCCCUGCUUCGUUUUGGUGGGCAACCAUUACUAUGACGACUGUCGGGUAUGGUGACAUUUACCCACAAACCCUGCUUGGUAAGAUUGUAGGAGGGCUCUGCUGCAUAGCAGGUGUGCUUGUCAUUGCUCUUCCUAUUCCAAUCAUUGUGAACAACUUCUCAGAGUUCUACCGAGAGCAGAAGAGGCAAGAGAAGGCCAUCAAGAGGAGGGAAGCUCUAGAAAGAGCAAAACGGAGUGGAAGCAUUGUUUCUAUUAACCUAAAGGAUGCUUUUGCCCGCAGUAUGGAAUUAACAGAUGUGUUGGUAGAAAAAAGAGAGGACAGUAAAUGUCCCAUUGAAAAUCACCUGUCACCCAGUCGCUGGAGCUACCACAAGCACUACUACAAUGCAGAGGCAGGUAGUCCUGGCAGGUCUCAACAAUACCAAGAAGUGGCCCAGCAGGGCUCCCCAGAGCGAGUCAAGCCCACGUCGAAUAAAACUACUCCUCAACACCUCAGCGCAAAGCGGCUAGAAGAUACGUACAACAAGACAGCAGCCAUUCAAGAGCAGCAGGAAAAAAUUCGAGAAGAACAGAUUGAGAUGAAAGAGUUGUCGUCCACUCAGGCCCAGCAAACAUCACCUAAAGUCAGUCGUUCCAGGGAAUCUUCAACUGCAGCGGAUAAUUUUGCACUGGAAAGAGGGGAACGAAGCUCACUGCUCCCCAGUGUCGAAGGAGGUCAAGCUGGUACUAGACAUCAGUGUAUUCCACCUCCCUUGGACCUAAGUCAGAUCAGCAAUAUGGAGGUAAAGCAGGGCCCUGAUAGCAUUCAGCCAAUGACAUUCAUCAAAGAGGGUUUGUAUGAGUUCACAUCUAACCCCAAAGGAAGGUUGACCGGGGAUCUGAAUUUGUUAUCACAGAGUGCCGAAAGCUCUGGGAUGACAUAUGAUAGCACCGGCACAGCUUUGGAAGAUCACGGUAGCCCUCAAAACACAAGAGCCCUGAAGCUUGACUUCAUUGCAUCUAAAGAUGAUGUCCUCGUGGCAGUGAUGACACCUGUGGCGACACCCGUCCCCACUGGCUCUGCAAAGUGUGCUCAACUACUUACUGACGAAUUGGUUUCCAGGUUUUCUCUAUCUCCCAGUUCUACAACACAGGAAACUAAGUCUCCGCUGGCAAUCAUGCAAUCUCCGUCCCUGGCUCAGCAAUAUAUCAGUCCCAGCACCCCCAAGGGGGGAGGUGAGAGCUCAGCAGGCAGGAGCUUAGAAGGUGAAGGGCAGCUCACUGGCUUAAGCCACCUGGGGAGGAAUCACAUGGAGAGAUCUACUGCUGGCUCGGGUAGUGGUGCUACUCCAUUGUCAAAAGCAUGCUCACUUAACAGCACCCAAGACCUAGUAACUAAGGAAGGAGUGGCCGAUGGAGGAUUAGAGGAAGCAGAACAGAGAGUAGAAAAACGAGAAAAUCACAUUGUUCUGGAUGGAAGCCGAACGCCGCCCUGUGAAACAAACAUGUGA